AUGGCCAGUCAAGUCUGCAAGAAGUCCAUCAGCGGCAGGAGCCUCGGCUUCUCUGGCCGCUCUGCCGUGGUCUCUGGCAGCAGCGGCGGCGGCAGCAGCAGCAGGAUGAGCUGCGUGGCCCGCUCAGCGGCAGCUGGCGGAGGGGCCUGUGGGUUCCGGGGUAGAGCAGGUGGCUUCGGCAGCAACAGCCUCUACAACCUGGGGGGCCACAAGAGCAUCUCCAUGAGUGUGGCAGCUGGUGGCUCCCGGGCUGGUGGCUUUGGAGGAGGACGAAGCAUCUGUGGCAGUGGCUUUGGAGGAGCAGGUGCAUUUGGGGGAGCAGGUGCAUUUGGGGCAGCUGGUGCCAUUGGUGGCCCUGGUGGCUUUGGUGGCCCUGGUGGCUUCCCUGGAGGCAUCCAGGAAGUGACUGUCAAUCAAAGCCUGCUGCAGCCCCUCAAUGUGGAGAUCGACCCCCAGAUUGGGCAAGUGAGGGCCCAGGAGCGGGAGCAGAUCAAGACCCUCAACAACAAGUUCGCCUCCUUCAUCGACAAGGUGCGCUUCCUGGAGCAGCAGAACAAGGUUCUGGAGACCAAGUGGGAGCUGCUGCAGCGACAGACCCCGGGCUCCGGCGCGGAGCCUGCCAACCUCAAGCCCCUCUUUGAAUCCUAUGUCAGCUUCCUGCGCAAGCAGCUGGAUUCUCUUGUCGGGGAGAAGGGCGGCCUGGACUCAGAGCUGAGGAGUGUGCAGGGCCUGCUGGAGGACUUCAAGAAGAAGUACGAGGACGAGAUCAACAAACGUGCCGCAGCAGAGAAUGAGUUCAUGGGGCUCAAGAAGGACGUGGAUGCGGCUUACACGAGCAAGGUGGAGCUGCAGGCCAAGGCGGAUGGCCUCAUGGACGAGAUCAACUUCCUGAGGACCAUCUUUGAGAUGGAGCUGUCCCAGAUGCAGACCCACGUCUCCGACACGUCCGUGGUGCUGUCCAUGGACAACAACCGGCACCUGGACCUGGACAGCAUCAUCGCCGAGGUGAAGGUGCAGUACGAGGACAUCGCCCAGAGGAGCCGCUCUGAGGCCGAGGCCUGGUACCAGACCAAGCUCGGGGAGCUGCAGACCACGGCUGACAGGCACGGUGACGACCUGAGGAGCACCAAGAGCGAGAUCGCGGAGCUCAGCCGGGUGAUCCAGAGGCUGCGGGCGGAGAUCGAGAGCGUGAAGAAGCAGAACGCCAGCCUGCAGACGGCCAUUGCGGAAGCCGAGCAGCGCGGGGAGCUGGCUCUCAAGGACGCCAACGCCAAGCUCCAAGAGCUGCAGGCCGCCCUGCAGCAGGCCAAGGACGACCUGGCCCGGCUGCUGCGGGAUUACCAGGAGCUCAUGAGCGUGAAGCUGGCGCUGGACGUGGAGAUCGCCACCUACUGCAAGCUGCUGGAGGGCGAGGAGAGCAGGAUGUCUGGGGAGUGUCGGGACACAGUGAGCAUUUCAGUGGUCAACAAUGUCACCAGCAUAAGCAGCGGCUUUGGCGGUGGCCGUGGAGGUUUCAGAGUGGUCGGUGACAGCAGCAGUGUUGGCUACAGAGGCGGCAGCAGCAGCGUCUACAGGGACAGCAGUGGCACCAGCAGAAGUGACAGCAGCAGCAGCGUCUAUAGGGACAGCAGUGGCACCAGCAGAGGGGACAGCAGCGUCUAUAGGGACAGCAGUGGCACCAGCAGAAGUGACAGCAGCAGCAGCGUCUAUAGGGACAGCAGUGGCACCAGCAGAGGGGACAGCAGCGUCUAUAGGGACAGCAGUGACACCAGCAGAGGGGACAGCACCAGCAGCAGCUACAGAGGAGUCGUCAGCAGUGGCAGCAGCAGCGGCGCCUGCAGCAUGCCCUUCUCUCUGCCCCACAUCGAGAUGCGACAGCCUUGCUUUCCCAUCUGA